AUGGACGAAAACUCGGCAGUAGAGAUGAAGUACGCCAAUCUAAAACCAAAGUCUUCACCAGACAAUAACAACGCUAUAUCAAAGAUACGUGUAUCCAAAAAUUGGAAGCUACCCCCUCGAUUAAACACAGUGAAAAGAUCUUCUAGUGCCGGUAAGUGCCCCAUAUCAACGGCAAACUCCCCUAACAACUCGAACAAUAUCGAUAUAUCUGCAGAAGAUGAAAAUGAAGAUGAGAUGAAAAAGAAGAUUCAAAAUAGGGACGCCCAAAGAGCCUACAGAGAAAGAAAGGCAAACCGAAUGAAAAAUUUAGAAGAUACUGUGGAUUCUCUACAAAUAUUAGUGAAAACAUGGCAACAAAAAUAUAAAAAUAUUGAAAAGAGAUUAAUCAUUUCUGAGAAAAAAUUUGAAGACUCAACUAAGGAAAAUCAAAUAUUAAAAGAAUCAUUACUACAAAUGAAAAAUGGUCUCAUGUGUAAUAUCUGUCUAAAACCAAUAUCUGAACCACAGCAAAAAUUACUGCCAAUGUCUGAGCAACAACAAUCUGCAGUACAACCAGUUCGAUAUGAAAUGGAUAGAGACGCAAAUAUACAAGUAGACAGGCAAGCAUCUCCUUCAUCUUUUCCUAUUAUUGAACAAGAAACUCCUCCGAAGGUAUCAUUAACUCGAGGGAAAGAUCUCCAAAAGAUGAUUGAAGAUUUCCGACCUAUGAAGGCGGCUGUUUUGAAAAAUAUGAGAAUUUCAAAGCCAAAGAAAUCAAGUACAAAGAUGGAUAAUUCCAAACAAAUUUCUUCCAAAUUGCAACUGAAUUUAUCUCAAAAGUCUAGAGAUAACUCCUCGAUGAAGUCAAGUGAAGUAUUUACAGUUACGACUGCGAAUAAAAUAGUGGAUGCUGAGAAAAAAGAGGGUGCCAUGACAGAUGAGCAUAAAUCUCACCAUCCUCUCCAUUCAGCAAGUAAAUGCGGAUUCUGUAACGAAGGCACCUCAUGCGUUUGCAACGAAUUAGAGGCAACGGAAAAUGCCACUCCUCUAGAUCGGAUAUCGUCAUUUUCGCCACUUGUUAAUGGUGAUGAUUUAAGUAAUGAUCGCCGAAAUAAUGAUAGUAAUAAUACAGGUAAGUUGAUAUUCGACUCCCAUUGCUCAGCGACCCCUGAAUCAUGUACUAAAUGUGCUAAUAUCGACGAAACAUGCCUCAAACCGAUCACCAAUAAUAAUAAUAAUAGCAAUAAAAUAAAUAAUCUUGAUGUUGAUUUCAAUAUGAAUGAGGUAUCGAUUAAUAGUAACGCAUUUUCUCGUAUUCGAAAACAAAUGCAGAAGAAUGACUCGAUGAAGAAGUAA